AUGAAACUCCUAUCAACGCUCUUCCUACUCACGCCCCUGGCCCUGGGUAUUCCAUUCACGCCAUACCCUGCGCAACCGCAGGAUGAGCCGACGCUGCAACCGCAGGGGCAUAGCCAGGGCCAGAAUCAGGAUAAGGGGACUGGAACCGCGAUGGGGGUGAGGCCCCAGGGCCAGAACCAGAACCAUACGCUCCCUUCGCCAGUUAUCAGGCCUCAGUCUCCUAAGGAACCGCUCUUGGAGCAGGAGCAGGAGCAGGAGCAGGAGCAGGAGCAGGAGCAGGAGGAUGGGGAUGGGGAUGGGGAUGGGGAUGAGGCGCAAAGCAGCAGCAGCACCACCACCACCACCACAACAACGAACAAGCAGAAUCACCACGCGCUUACGACUCGGGUGCACACUACGGAUAGUAGCAGUGCUACCAGUGCUAUCGCCAGCGAUACCAGUGUUACCAGUGCGAUCGCCAGUGCGAUCGCCAGCGCUACCACGAGCACCACAAGUACCACGACAACAACAACAACAACAACAACGACGACAGAGACAGUAACAUUCGUCAAAAUCAUCCCGCAAACCAGCACCACCACUAGCAGCAGCAGGACCAGCAGCAGCAGGACCACUAGCACAACCAGCAACAACAAGACCAAAAACACUCCCCAAUCCCAAUCCCAACCCCAGCCCCAACCCGCACCCCUCACCCUCCACGACCCCGAACCCGAACCCGAACCAGAAACCUCUACAGAAGAGCCCUCAGCCCUAGCAAACGCGAUCUCCCUCCUGCCCAACCCCAACGCAGGUCAAAACCCGGAUAACAGCCAAACGUGCCCGACAAGCCGACCCUCCAAGCAAUGCUGCCAGAGCAUCGAAAACCUAGCGGACCAGGUGAUCCAGCCGCUGGGCCAGCUUCUACCGUGGUUGUCCGGGGUGGAUAUUUCGAGUAUCAUUGCUUUGGAAUGUACCGGAAUGGACGACGCGGACCCGAACGCGGGGUGCUUUGAUGCGGUGAUGUGUUGCGAGGGGACGCCUGGGCGGACAUCGAAGCAGCAGACGCUCAAGGGGGCGUGUUCUAACUGGGACCAGGCUAUGAGUGAUAAGGCUAAGGAUGAGGCUGCUACUGCUGCUGCUGCUGCUGAUGCUGAUGCUGCUGCGCAGCGGGAGGCGCAGGUGCAGGCGCAGGUGCAGACUAGCUCUUCUGCUGUUGCUGCGGGGGCGAGUGCGAGUGCGAGUGCCGUGGCGAAGAGGCAGCUGCCGUCGCUGGGGAAGUUGCUGGGUGGGGAUGGGGAGGUGGGCGGGGUGCUGGGGCACAAGGGGAGUCUUUUGGGGAUUGGGGGUGGGCAGCCUUGA